AUGAUUUUCAACAUGCCUAGAACUGAUAGACACAGGCAAGGCAAAAAGAAGAAAACACGCAAGACUACAUUUCUAAAGGGACACCUACCUUGGAAUAAGGAUCAGCAGCCUAUCAGCAGUGUUCCUUGCACAGAGUCCACCUCUGUCAAUAUCCCUGUGUGUCGUCCGGAGAAAGCAAUCUAUGACGCUUCAAUUCUAAAGUAUGAGGGUCCUCCAAAUACCCUUCCAGGAAAGCUAAGACCUAAACAUGAAAGAAAAGAGGAUGAACCGUUAGACAAUUCAUCAGAAAAUAUAAUUGUUAACUUCUGUAAGUUAAAAGAAUUCAUUAAAUCAAGCAUUAGCCAUAACUGCAGGCGACAAGACAGUUUCAAUGUGGCAAUUGCUAAGCGAAAAGGAUUGUGUGUAUGUCUGCAGGCGAGCUGCACAAACUGUGGUUUUGAUACCGGUGUGCAUAAACUGUACACCGAGUGUACAAGCAACAAAAGAGGUCCCGCCGCAGGCUGCUUAAAUGAAGGCCUCUCUAUGGCCACCGUUAAAUCCAAAAUGGGAGGAACUGACGUUCAGAUGUUAAUGGCUUGUCUUGAUAUUCGUGCUCCCAGUUUAACUAUAAUCAACAACAAAAUCAAUAAGCAAUGUGAAAAAAUGAUAGAACUAAAUGAAAAAUCCAUGGUUGAGAAUCAGAAGUUUGCCGGCCAAGUGGCAACCUUCAUCGGAGAGGGAAACAACAUUGAUGUCGAAACGGACACGUGCUUCAACAACCGUAACCAAACUGGGUACGAAGCCGGCACGCAAUCAUUCUGUCCGGUGAUUGAGAAGACAACUGGUCUUAACCUCCCAAUUGCAAUGGCCACUGCGAGCAAACUGUGUUCAAAAAUAAACAUGUGCACCCAUGAGAACAACAAAUGUUCACUGACCUACAACCCUGAUGAGUCUAUCUCCUCCAGUGAAUCAAAACUGACCACUAAAAACUUGCAAAAGAUUCAUGAUCUCAAAAUUGUAUCCAUAAAAUCCUUAACUAGUGAUGCAAGCUCUCAAAUCAGCAAGGUUGUUAGAGAAGUUGGGAAAAAAAAUGAAAUCGUUAUCAAGUACUUCCAAUGUUUUGUUCACCGACUACGCACAAUUCAGAAAAAAGUGAAAUCCAUACAGUUCUUAAAACUCCCGGCCGGUUACGAUCAAGACAUCUUUCGCCAAAAAUUGGCAACAUGUAUCCGGUCGAGAGUAAGACUCGAACUAGUCAGGAUUAAAAAGAAGUACCCAGCAGAGGGGGCUUUUGUGACCAGGGCACUGAUGGCUAUGAAGAACAUUGUGACAUGCUUCAGUGGAUCUCACACUUAUUGUGCAGAGAGAUCCCUGGCCUGCAAUGCUCACCUGGAGUCCUUCAGUACUCAGUAUCUUCCAUAUGGAAGUUACUUAAGUCUGGUCACAGAAGACCGCCGCAAGCUGGAAUCGGUUAUGAAUAAGUCCCUGACAACUGAAAUUUUGAAUAAAAUUGCUAAUCUAUAUACAACCAAUCAAUGUGAGAGCUUGCAUCACAGAGUUUUUACAUAUGCACCAAAAUCUGUGUUGUUCUCAAGAAAUUUUAAUGGACUAUGUCACUCAGCAUGCCAUUCAUCCACAUUUGGAACUACAAAUUACAAACAUUUUGGUGUAUGCAGCAUUCAAUAUAGUCAAGAAAUGGCCGAGAAAUUGGUAUUUUAGUACGACAUGUCCAAGACAUUGACUGACCCAACAAACAAGACUGAACAGUCAAGAAUUCAGAACUGACCAUCAACUCACAUUAUCUCAUUUUAUCUAAUAAAAAGAACACCGUGAAUUGAACUGCAUGUGUGAAUAUUGAUGACAUGCUUCAGUACAUAUUAAAUAAUUCCUCCAACUACACAUUCUGUUGUUUUAGAUUUACAUUUGUUGAAUUAUGAACACAUGAGUGAUGAUUCUAUGUGAAAUUGUGUUGAAAUAAAAGAAUGCCUCAAAUGUCCAUAGAGUGUCAUCACACACAUACAUGUAUAUACACAUACACAUACAUGUAUAUACAUGUACAUAUACAUAUACAUAUAUAUAUAUA